GCUCACAGCUGUGAAUGCUGCAGGCCACAUUGUUUUUUCAAGUAGUUGCAAGUUUCUACUCGAAUCGUCGUGAAUCUGUGGUGUGAACUGGCAUCGGCCCCGCGUUUUCAUUGUUUAAAUGCGAUUACCUUAAUCUUCUGAAUAAGAGCGCGCUGAGAUUCACGGCGCAGAUGCGACCACACCGCAGUACAAAAGGAGAAGAGUGCUGGACAUAGAGAUAUGUUGGGGAAGCCGGGAGAAGGACUGUAGGAGAAAUUUUAAAAUUUUUUUAAAAAACAUGAGGUUUAAAUAACCUUUUUUGUUUAAAACUUUGGAGAGUUACCUUGGACGACAUCCUACGUUUGUUUUUAGCUGUUUUUAAUAAGAAGAGCCCAAGCACAGGUGGGGCAGCAGCCCGCAGAGUAGCUGGUGAAGAUGAAGUCCAGGAGAGCCGGACCUCCUGAUGGGGGGUACGGCUGGGUGGUGGUCGUGUCAGCCUUUUUCAUCAUGGGCCUCACUGCUGCUGUCCUCAAAAACUUCGGCCUCUUCUUCCUGGACAUCCAGAGUCACUUUGGAGUCCCGGCCAGCACCACCUCGUGGGUCACCUCCACUACGAUUGCCAUGUUUCACCUAGGAGCUCCAGUGGCCAGUGUGCUCACCGCACAGUUUUCUCAGAGAGUGGUCAUCAUAGUCGGAGGCCUGCUGGCAGCCUCGGGGAUGUUGCUGGCAUCUCUGGACCUCAGUCUGCCCUGGCUCUUCCUCACCAUGGGCGUCCUGCAAGGAAUGGGCAUCUCCUUGUCGUGGAUCCCCGCCAACAGCAUGGUGAGCCACUACUUUGUACGGUGGCGUCCCGUCGCCUACGCCAUCGCCAGCUCGGGGGAGUGCGUCUUCGCCUUCAUCUUCAGCCCCUUCUUCCAGUGGCUGAUUGAGACGUACACCUGGCAGGGCACCUUGCUCAUCAUCGGAGGCCUUCAGCUCAACCUGUGUGUCUGCGGCGCACUCAUGAGACCCCUGGAGACAGUCCCGAGCCCGAUACAGGAAACCCAAGACUGUCUAGAAGGCAAUGCCGCUGUGCUUCCACCAAAGAGGAAGGUUAUCGUGCAGUGCUCCCUGAUGAGGAAACCUGAACUUUUACUCUACAUCCUGUUCGCCAUCUUUGCGGCGGCAGGGUUUUUCAUCCCACCUCUCUUUCUAGUGCCCUUCGCCAGCAGUUUGGGGAUGGAUACGUACUGGCGAGCCUUGAUCCUCUCUGUCCUGGCAUUGGCAGACCUGGUGGGGAGGCUGAUCUGUGGGUGGAUAGCCAACAUGAGGCUGUUCAGGAACCUGCAGCUGCUCACCAUGGUGGUCACUCUGCUCGGGGUGGUGCUCCUGCUGCUGCCCAUCAGCCACAACUACUGGGCCAUCCUGGUGUUUGCCUCGCUCUACGGCUUCCUGUUCGGCUGCGUGGUGGCCAUUCACGUCACCUCCAUCGUGGACAUUGUAACCCUGGAGGGGUUCGACAACGGACUGGGGCUCUUCAUGCUUUUCAGGAGCAUCGGCGGCUUCGUCGGUCCACCUGCUGCAGGCUGGCUGGUGGACGAGACGCAUGACUACAGCGCUGCCUUCUACCUCUCAGGCCUCUGCCUCAUUUCAUCAGCAGUGUUUGUCGUCCUGGUCGACCGCCUUGUUCAGAGGAGAAAAGACGUGGAGGAUGAAGUUCAUCAGGCAGUCGACUGGGAAGUAGGAAAAGUCAAGUGAGACUCUGUUACAUAAGGAUUUUUUCCUAAAUGAACUUGAGGUGCCAAAAAGACAUUUGUUGGACAUGUCCAGUGUUUGAUCUCAUGCCAACUGCUGGGUAGUUUGACUUGUGACGCAGGUUUAGGUCAUUAACCCUGUCAGUCCCAGCAGAACACCGGCGUACACAAACCGAUUGGUCUGUCUCGCUGUCAAUCAACAGCCCAGGUCCUUUUUAAGCCAAAUGAGUUAUCAUUAUUGCUUGUAAGCCCUCCUUGUGUUUUUUAUUAUGGCGACGUGUGAGCAUCAAAGUUUGGUUGUGUCUCAUUCUACUGAGAGGCAACUUUAAAUUUACAGCCUCUUCCGCCAUUAUUAUGUAUCGGUUAUGAUGCUUUUUUAAAUAAUUCACAUUCUAGUAGUUGACCCUAUUGACAGACUUUAAGAGGCUGACAAAUGGAAGUAGCAGGGUUUUUUGUGUUUUACCUCUGAGUCACAAGAUUGUCAGCAGGUGUUAACACACCUUUUUAGGUAUUUAAAAAAUGUAACUAAUAGAAAAUGGUUUUAACAAGGAAACUGUUUUACAUUACGGACUAAAAGACAUUUUCCUUUUUUUCUGGGGAAACUUUUUUAAAUGCCUCUUGCAUGACUCAUUCAUUCACUCAUGACUCAGCUUUGUCUCUAAAUGGCACACGUUAAGCAGGUUUUGGGACUGAUUGUAAUUAGUGUCAGCUCAGUUUCUUUGUGGUUUUAAAAAAAGGGGAACAGAAUGAUUUUCACGUAGAACCACUGUGACAGUGGUAAAAGGAGACGGCUGGUGAUAUUCAAUAUUUUAUUGUCAGUAAAUCCCAUGAAAAGACUGAAACCAACAACAAAUCUGUCUCUCAAUACUCUGUACUGUUUGUUCCUGGCUCAUUGUGUUUUUUAAUACCCAACAAUGGAGCUCUAUGGCACAGAAGAACAAGAUAUAUUCGGUAAUACUUGUUAUGUAGGCCUAAUUUUUGGUUUUGGUCUUUUCAUGGGAUUUGUUGGCAAUAAGAAAAAUAUAGAAUAUCAUCAGAUUUAUCCUUUUAUCUGUGUUGCUACUGCAUCUAUGCAUGAAAUGAUGGAAUCAUGAAGGAAUCAUUCAGGCACAUUAAUCUUUUUGUCCUCUUAAUAGAGCCUGUUGACUUUUUAAUAAGUUGUCAGCGGGAGGAGGAAGGAGGCUUCGUUUGUAUUCUCCUACAGCAAAGUAAGAAUAUUUCUGAGUAAGACAAUAUAUUUUAGGAAAAAGCAGAAAUAAUAUUAAGCUGUUGCUUUCUUUGAAGCUGUAGGACUCCUGUAAACCUCAUGUGGGUCAGGCCGCAGUGGGGAGCCAUGCUCCUCAAGGCUUUCUGUGUUACUGGUAUGUCUGGCUCUUUAAAGGGCGUAUUUUGUUGUCACAGUCAUGGUGUAGCUUUUCUAGACUUUUAUUAAAUAUUCAUCGUGUCCAAUCGGUUCUUCCAAUGCAAAAGAGACUAAAGAUAAAGUCUUCAAGUAAACGGGGUUUGGUAACUUUUAACCACGAAUUUUCUUAAUAAUCUUUUGAAAGAUAACAUGAAACCCAAAAGUACUGUAAUACUGGUUCUCAUAUGCACAAUUCAUACUUCAUUUUCAUACUUAAAAAUGUACUUUUUAAAGCCAUUUCAUGAAGUUUUAACAGAUUAUAUCUAAGUAGAAUUAAUGGCUUCAUGUUAAUUCUGCACCUUUUUGUUGUUUUAACUGACUUCGUCUUAAAGAUUUGUCUCAAUAUAAAGAAUGUUUUUGCAAUGAGUGCAAUGAGAUAACUUCUGUUAUGAAUUGGCGCUAUAUAAAUUGAAUUGAAUUUUUCAUGUCACCAGUUAUUUUAGCUGUUACAAUUCCAGCAUUUUAAGAAAAAAAUCAUUGGGCUUUAAAUUCGUGACACUCAUGUCUGACUUUCCCAGUCAUCUAUAUUGUUUCUUAUCUGCCUUUUUAACUUUUGCUAAAGACAUCUCCCACACAGCUCUGCUCAAACUCUCAGCUGCCCACCACACCAUGAAACUGAUACCAGGAUGAGGAUAUUUGUAGUGUCUUCUAGGUAUCUGCGGUAUGUGCUGUACAAAUUGCUCAGGGGUUACAAGUACAGUUAUGUAACAUCAUUAUCUAGCCCCUAGCCCUCACAUUGCCCUCCUUCCUCGUGGCUAAAUACUUUAUUUAAAAAUUAAUCUGCAGCUAUUUUAAUAAUGGUUUAAUUCUUCCAAGCAAACACUGGUUCCAGCUUCUCAUGUGAAAAUUUGUUGAAUGUCCUUUUUUUUUUUUUUUUAAACAAUUUUUAUGGCAUUUUAUGGACCAGAUGAUUAGUUGAAAAAAUACACAAUUGUUAGUUGCAGCCCUUCUGCCAUUACUAGGGCUGCAACCAACAAUUACUUUCAAGUUCUGUUUUUCUCAAUUGUUUGGUCUACAAAAUGUCAGAAAAUAGUGAAAAUUGCCCAUCAGUUUACUAAAGCCAAAGGUUGAGGUCAUAAAAUGUUGAUUUUGUUUUGUUCAACCAACAGUCCAAACUUGAGACAAGGGAAUGUUUGGCAUUUUUGUUUGAAAAAUUACUCAGAUGGUUAAUCGAUUAUCGAAAUUCUUGAUAAAUAAUUGUCAAUUCAACUAAUAUUCAGCUCAAGCCAUUAGAAAAGAAAUAUUUAAUGUGUGAAUAACAUGAGGAAAUUUGGGAUAAAAGAUCUGAUGAAGACCAGGGAAUCAGGGAAAUGCGAUUUAAGAUCUUUUCCACAUCUUUUGAUCCAUUUUGUCUGAAUGAAGCCAAGAUUGUGUGAAAUUGAAGUGCCCUCCCCCCAGUCACCACGGGGUGGCAGUGUUGCCUAAAAUGAGAAGUUGAAUCUGUCUUCAUACAAAACACUACACACUUAGAGACAAAAAUGUUUAAUACAGACAUAAUUUUCUACAGACAACAGUUUAGAUUAGAAAAUAAAGAUUAACAUUAAGACUAUCCUCAUCUACUGAGUCAACAAAUGUCACAACAACAUUUUCAAACAACAGAUGCAUAUUAACAAAAAGCUACAAACUACUUGUGUUUUUGUCAGGUAUUUGGGAAAAAAAAAAGGGAAAGUCAAAGCAGCUAUUUUACACAACAGAAAUUGAGGCACCAAGGGCAUUUUUUAUAGAUGUUGGAGAGUCUAGAAAUGAAUUGUACUCAACUUAAAGUACAGUAUUUCAGAUGUGUGUUAUGGCGCGGCCUCUGUGUCGACGGGUGCACUUAUUUUGCGACGUGGAAAAGCAAAAGUUGCACCUUUGGUCCAUUGGAAGAGUUCGAGUAGGGGGAAACCCCAUGACCCCUGUAAAGUUUAAAAAAAAAAAAAAAAACAUAGGUGCAAUCGGACAAAGCCCAGUCCCAAUAGCCACCUCACAGACUUUGACACCCAUUCGUUAACAAGUCGGCUGGGGCUGUUCCACUGUGAAAUCGGCAAAUCCAACUUAAUACACUUUUUGCAGUGCUGCAGGUUCUGGUUGAGGGAAUUAACCACAAUUCAUAUGGCCUAAUGUUAAACAGGUAGAGUCUGAAAUCAUAUUAAAAAAAAAUUUAAAAAAAACUUU